AUGGCCGACGAGGAGGAGCGCGUGAAGGCCGAGAAGCUGGCUGCCGCCAAGAAGAGGGUGGCCCAGCUCCAGAAGCAAAAGAAAAAAGCCAACAAGAAGGCCUCGACAGCCAUGAAUGCUCCCAAAGAUGCCGAAGCCGAAGCCGAAACAUCCAAGGAGGCUGAGCCUACCGAAGAGAUUGCAGCUGCGACAGAGACCCCCGCGUCAACAGAUGCCCCCGCCGAAAUGGACAAACCAGCAGAAGACACACCCGCCGCGGAGGCCGCAACCACAGAGCAACCAGCCGAGUCCACACGAGAAGAUAAAUCAGAUGCGCCCGCUGAAUCUCCCGUGGAACCAAUGCCUCCGGCCCCGGUCUCUCCGGAUCCUGAGGCCGAGGCGCAACCUGCCAAACUGGAUGCCCCUCGCGCCGGCCACGGCCGUCAGCCGUCCCUGUCGAUCCAAUCAAAGAUGCGCUCGUCCUCAUUCCGCAAGACAUCUGUGUCACAAGGAAGCGUUUCACCAUCCCCCUCUUCGGCACUCAAGUCCCCGCCGGGCUCACUACCGCCCCUGACUGGGGAUGGAGACUCGGUGCACGAGGUGUUCCGGAAGCAGUCGACACGGAUUGAAGAGCUGGAGAAAGAGAACAAGCGGUUGGAGAAGGAAGUUUCGGAUGCGACAAACCGCUGGCGCAAGACGGAGGAGCAGGUGGAGGAUCUACGGGAGGCGAGUGUAGAUGGUGCGGAGCUACGGGAGAAGUUAAAGCAAGCCGAGGAGAAAGUGGCGGAAAUCGACUCGUUGAAAGAAGAAAUCGCCUCGCUACAACGCCAGAACUCACAGCUUCAGUCCCGAUCACACCGGAACAACUCCAAUGCACCUGGUCCCUCAGAGUCGCCGCCGGCAGAUCUGGUUCGCCAGCUUGAAUCCAAGUCUGAGACCAUCGAGGCCAUGGAGCUGGAGAUUUCAAAUCUUCGCGCACAGGUCACCUCCCAGUCUUCUGACAAUAGCGCCCACGAGACUCAAGUGGCAGCAUUGGAAGAGAAAGUAUCACAGGGCAAGGCUGCGCUCGAAAAGUCCCAGCGUGAAUUGGAGGAUGCGAAGCAAGCAUUGACACGCGCCUCGGAGAAGGCCGUCAAAGAAGGCGCCGACAAGACAUCCACCGACACUUUGAUCAAGUCCCUGCAGCGCGAACUCGAAGAAGGAAAGAAUGAAAAGAACGAGGCAGACAAGAAGAUCGAAAUCCUGGAGAAGAAACUCCAGGCCAUUGGCAACUUGCACAAAGAAACCGAAGCUCGGAAUCAAACCCGUCUGCGCGAGAGCGAAAAAGCCGAGAAGGAGACAGCUGUGCUACGCAAGAAACUCGCCAGCAUCGAAAACGAAAACCUCCGUCUACGUGAAGAGCUGGACCGAGCAAAGAAGCGCGAAGCCGGCGGCACAGACGACGAUGCCAUUGACGAGCUCGAGGACGAAGAACGGCAGCGUCUCGAGCGCCGCAUUCGUGAACUGGAAGGCGAGAACUUCGAUCUACGCCGCGGUGUCUGGCAGGAGAAGCGGCAGGAAUUGGCUGGCCAGGCUUUCCCUGAUGAAGGCGCCGAACCGGCCGGUGAUGCGGGGGCCAAUGCCUUUGACGAUGUGGAUCUUGUCGGUGGUCGUCCUGACCAUUCCCGUCGUCGAAGCAUGGCUGGACAACACUCCUCUUUCUCCACUGUCCUGUCGAGCGGCUUUGCUGCCUUCACUGGUGGUAAUAACAACCGUGCCCGCGCAGGCUCGUCGACCCACCCCCGGCUACGCGGGCUUCUCUCCGAAGAGAACCUGGAGGACGAAUUCGACGAGGCGGAGUUUGCCCGUGCCCAGGCAGAAGAAGAGGCGCGCAAGCGCGUGGAAUGGGUGCGUGAAAUUAAGCGGAACCUCCGCGACUGGAAUGGCUGGCGUCUGGAUCUUGUUGAUAGCCGGGCUGGUGCGGAAGGUGCUGGUGUUGGCAUGGGCGAGAUUUUUGAGGUUUAG